UUAAUCAUUCAAUAAAUAAAACGGCAUGUUCUUCGAAAUCUGCGCUUCAGAGUCGAUCGUUUGGAAAUAUAUUUGUAUUAAUAAUGUUUUCUUGCUAUACCAGCCUUAUAAUUCAGAACAUAUGCUAGAGCAACAUUUGGAAUACUUAGAAAUUUCCAAUUUAAAGAAUGGAUUUUACAUCAACGCCAUUUCUUCUACUUUUAUUUCACUUGUGGAUUGGGAAAUCUAUUAGUAUCCGUCAGCAGGCACCACGAAAAGCACUUUCACCGCAUCAGUUUGAACCUCUACCGCAUAUUGCUUUGAUUAAACAGGAAAUUCUACGUAAUCUUGGAAAAUCAGACGAUCCUAAAACGCGCACUCCUAUACACAAAUCAAUGCCAAGUAAGGAUACUGAUGAUGAAGUGAGUGAAUACAAAGUUACCGACAUAACAUCUUAUCACUCUGAACCGCCAGAUAACUCUUCGGAUGAAAACAUUAUCCAAUUUAGUUUAUUCAACAGGAUCAAUGGAAAACAUAUCCAAGUAUAUAAUGUAAACCUUCUUGUGAGAAUUAAAUUGAAAAAGUCCAGAACAAACAAAAAAUUAACACGGGAUAUUGAUACAAGAAGAAAGAAAAGACAAAGACGUAAGAAGAAUUUCAAAGAAAUUGAUAUAAGUGUGUAUAACUUGACAAAAAGUGGAACACCAGAUAAAAUAAUUACAUCUGUGAAGUCAAAGAUACGAAAAACAAAAUCUCUAAAACUAAAUAUUCCAAAGGAUAUAAUACAAAAUGUAUUAGAUACAAAUAAAAACACUCUACAGUUUUUCAUUCAGUGUACAGGCUGUGAUAAAAAAGCAAAAAUGAUUCUAGUUCGCAAGAGGCGAAGACGUCAGUCUGCUAAAACUCGUCAUGGAAACAAGGUGGUCAAACUUCACAAACGCCGUCCUAUUUUAUUUAUAUUUUCACAUCUAACAGAUGGAAGUUAAAUUCAAUUGUAGUUUUGCUUUAAUUAAGUAAUAAGCAAUAAGAAAUAACUACUUAUAAAAAAUAUUCUGACAGAUAUUAAAGUAAGGUAUUAAAGUAAGAACUGACCAUUGCAAACUGUCUCUUUUUUUCUUUAUUUCUACUAAAAUAUUAAACUUUUUUAUGGAUUAUGGGUAUAAAAGAUGACUUAUUAAUGCAAUGCUUUUGUGUGAUCAACCGAAGUGGACAAUAUGUUUUGUGAUAAAGUGAUAUAAACAAAUGACUAGAUUUAUUUAUUUUAUUUGAAACCGUUCAUUCUCAUGAAAAUGAGAAAUUGAAUGCACUACAUUCCUAUUUCUGAAAGUUUAUAUGAAAUAUAACUGAAGAUAUAUGAAAAGUUUUGUUCUAUAUGACUUUAUGUAAUAAGUAUUCAAUUGAUGUUUCAAAUUUGUAAAUUAAAGACAUACGAAUAGUAACAAUAUCAUUAUUGUAACAAUAAUUUAUUCAAGUGUAUCAUUUUGCUGCAUGAAGACUGUUGUUUGAAUAUUUAAAAGCAUUUAUUCCAAAUACCUGCAUGAAAGUAUUAAUAUAUUUCCUUAAGAGUGAACAGCGUAUGCACAAGUGCACAAAAUCAUUAUUGCUACAACAAUUUAUUAAAGUGUAUCAUUUUGCUGCAUGAAGACUAUUGUUUGAAUAUUAAAAAGCAUUUAUUCCAAAUACCUGCAUGAAAGUAUUUAUAUAUUUCCUUAAGAGUGAACAGGGUAUGCACAAGUGCACAAAAUCAUUGCUACCAUACAGGAAACAACAAUAUAAUACAUUGUUUUUAGCAUUUAAUUAUGUUUACUGCUUUUUUAUGUGACUUUAAUAACAGAAACAGUCAAUGUUACAACUUUUUCGAGAAUCGACAAGAUUGUAGAAACA